GAGGGACGGGGCGGGGCCGGGCGGGGCGGCCGGGACCGGGCCCUGCCGGUGCGCCCUGAGCGGCGGCCCCUCAGCGCCGGGCCGGGGCCGGGGCCGGGGCCGGGACGAUGCUGUUCUCCCUGCGGGAGCUGGUGCAGUGGCUGGGCUUCGCCACCUUCGAGAUCUUCCUGCACGGCCUGGCCCUGCUGGUCUUCUCCGUGCUCCUGGUCCUCAAGGUGGACAGCGAGGCCUCGGCGCUCUCCUGGUGGGUCGUCUUCAUCCCCUUCUUCGCCGCCGACGGCCUCAGCACCUACUUCACCGCCAUCGUCUCGGUGCGGCUCUUCCAGGACGGCGAGAAGCGGCUGGCCGUGCUGCGGCUCUUCUGGAUCCUCACCAUCCUCAGCCUCAAGUUCGUCUUUGAGAUGCUGCUGUGCCAGAAGCUGGUGGAGCACACGCGGGAGCUGUGGUACGGGCUCAUCAUGUCACCCGUCUUCAUCCUCCUCCAGCUGCUCAUGAUCCGGGCCUGCCGCGUGAACUGAGCCCGCGGCAGCCCUGGCUGGCACACCCGGCUCUGCGGGGACCCCAGCGCCGUUCGGGGGCUUUCCCCCAUCCUGGGUUCCGGACGGAGGUUUUGGGCGCAGGUGCAGCGCUGCGAGAGGCAGGGCUUGCGACAGCGCGCUGUCACCUUGUACAUAGCUUUGUACGUAUCUUUCUUCAGGAGAUCCUUUUGCAGCAUCAUUAUUUCAGGUUCACUUAGUCCUUGGUGUUAGUCUUAAAAUAUCGCAAUGUGCAGGCACUGUCUGGUAUGCCGGUUAUUUUAUUUUAAAAUAAAAGUGCAUGGAAGGA